UUUAGAUUUUCAAAUGAAGCGGAUGAAUUUGAAGAGACUAUAUCCUACUUUGAAUAAUGUUUUAGUUCUUUGUUCAAGACCGACUAUGAAAACCUAUUCAGUGAAAGAAAGUUGAAAAAUAUUUCUAAUUUCUGGAUUAUUGUAGGGAUUGUGUUGAGUAAAUUUACACAAGAUCUGUGUUAACACCCUGGUCAUACGUUUAGUGGCAAAAUGUUGAAAUACACGUGGAUUAUUGUAUGGACUUUAAUAACUAAAUUCCCAGAAGUUUCUUCGCAUUCCGGUGAAGCCAUUGAUUGUGAUCCACCAUGGGAAAAGCUGCAUCGAACAUGCGUACAAUUUGUGAAAACAAAGCCAUUUCCCACCUGGCUAGAGGCCCGCAAUGCAUGUAUAAGUAUGAACUCUGACCUCUUGAGUAUCAACGAUAGAGAAGAAAACACGAAAAUUAUCCCUCUGCUGAAACGGCAUGUGAAGAGCAUGGACACACUGAAGUGGUGGAUUGGUUUACGGCAAGUUGGAAGUUCCUGGAAAUGGGUUGAUAACGAUGAGGGCUACGCUAAAAUACCCCAGUGGGGACCAAAAGCAGGGGGUAUUGUAAACCCUUACGACAACUCAUUACAUGUGGAUCGGUGUGUGUACCUUGACUUCCAAGGGUAUCUUAUAGAUGUGGAGUGCACUGCUGAACAAAAACCUUACAUUUGUGAACAAUUCAAAAUAACCACCGAUUCCACGACAUCACAGUCGACAACAACAUCAACAACAACAACAAUGACGACGACAACGACAUCAAAAACUACAGCGACAUCAUAUCCAGUACCUACUCCACGGCCAGGUACCCCGAGCACACGACUUUCUGUUACACAAUCUACGGCAAAGCCUGCAGAAAAAUCUACAGACAAACCGACUCAGAAAACAACAAAACAACAGAAUACAAGCUUCCCAACCGACAAAUCAACUACAACAACAACUGUAAUACCAGUAACAGGAAAUUCAACGGAUGAAACGACAGGAAAACCAACGGACAUGCCAACUACUAGACUCUCAACCAGCAACUCAACAGAAACAACAACAGAGAAACUAAAAACCGGACGUCCUAUAGACAAGUCGACAAGAAAACCAACAGACAAGCCAAUAACUGGUAAACCAACUGGGAAGCCAUCGACCGGUCGACCGACUGACGCACGAGAAACUACAACGAAGAAACCAAAGGAAGAAAAGGACGAGUUCUUGGGCUGCUUUGCUGUCAAUCAUGAAAGCACGUGUCCUCCAGUGGAAGCAUUCGGAAUAUCUUGGCCUCGCGGGGCACCUGGUAAACCGGUCAAAGUUCCUUGUGACAAAGGUCAUGCAAAGUGGCAUUGUGACAAGAAUCCAACAUGUUGGAGAGAUGAACCAGAUGUUAGCCAGUGUACAUCAGAAAGUAUACAAGAACUCACACACCAGAUGGAGGUUUUCCUAUCAGACACCAGUAAUUCUGAAAAAGCGGUAGAAUUUACCGAGAAUCUAGCUGCUUCUGUCCAGUCAGAGACUGUGAUGUCCGAACAAGAUAUAUUCCAGUCAACGAAACUGAUGAACGCCGCAUCAAAUGCCAAGCCAAAGAAUUCUAGUGAAGCAAAGAACAUUAUCAAGAAUGUUGCCAAGUGUGGAAGUCUCCUCGUCGGAAAAGAUCAGAAGAAUACAUGGUCAAGUAUGAACAAAGAAAGUCAGCGAACAGUCGCCUCUUCUCUGCUAACGUCAAUGGAAUCUGUCACCAACGUAAUGCUACAAAGCUUUGAAGAACCAACAGUGGAGAAAAUCGUAGAGGAAAAUAUGGCGAUCGAGUUACAAGUGAUCGAUGUAAACAAAGAUGGACCCGACGGCGAUGACGCCAUGUUUCAAGAUGAGACUAAUAGUUUUGCAAUACCACAAGAAAACCUAAAACGCUUCAGCACAGGUGGCUUGGCAAGGCUAGUUUUUAUUAACUACAACACCGUUGGAGAACUGCUGGUUCCGGAAGAUGGUGAAGCAAACGACAGUUUCGAACGCAAAAUGAUCAGUCAGGUGAUCAGCGCUUCUCUAAAUGAGAAACCAAUAGAAGAGCCGCUUAUCAAACCUGUGGUUUUCACAAUGAAGACCGAAGAUAGAGCGAAAAAUCAGGAAUGGAAACAGUUGUGCUCAUUUUGGAAUUUUAGUCUAGGCUACACCGGAGCAUGGUCCCAGAAAGGUUGUUCGUUGAAAAAAUACAAUGAAUCACACACUACAUGUCAGUGUAACCAUCUCACAAACUUUGCAAUUCUUAUGGACAUUCAUAGCACAAAGUUGAUGCCGAUUCACGCAACUACCCUGUCCUACAUUACAUACGUCGGUAUUAUAAUCUCCAUCAUCUGUCUUUUUCUGUCCUGGAUCACAUUUAUAUGUCUCAGUUUAAGAUGUAUGCGUGGCUCACGCGGUAGUCAUGGAAACGGUGAAGCGAAUGAGUAUUACGGAACCAGUGGCAGUUACAGUGGGUCGGCCGCUGGCUCACGUUCUGCUCAAGGAGAGAGAAAUUCCAUACACAAGAAUCUUGUGUUCUGUCUGUUUAUAGCUGAAGUAUUGUUUCUGGCGGGAAUAGAAAGAACAGAUAAUAAGAUUGCCUGUUCGAUCAUCGCAGGAUUUCUGCAUUACUUCUUUCUCUCGAGUUUUACAUGGAUGUUUGUUGAAGGCAUCCACAUACUGUUCAUGCUUGUACAAGUCUUUGAUGCAGCAAAAUCCAGACUUAGAUAUUACUAUAUUAUUGGAUAUGGUGUUCCAUUAAUAACUGUUGGUGUUUCUGCUUUGAUAUAUUAUGACGGUUACGGAACAGAGAGAUACUGUUGGUUGACAACAGACAGGAUGUUUAUAUGGAGUUUUGCCGGUCCUGUUGCAUUCAUUCUGUUGGUCAAUCUCAUCGUUCUUAUGUACGCAAUGUCAGCUGUGUGCAAACAUUCAGAAUAUGUGUUCACAAAGGAGAAGACUUCAGUUGGUAACAUAAAGUUGUUGGCCUUGCCAGCGUUUGCACAGCAAACGCAGCAGCGUAUGAGGAAACACCAGGCAUGGGUACAGGGGGCGCUGGCACUGGAAGUCCUACUUGGGCUCACAUGGGUGUUCGGGUAUUUCUACAUCAGUGAAGAAGCGAUUCCCAUGGCGUACCUCUUUACAAUAUUCAACAGCCUUCAAGGCCUUUUCAUCUUCGUGUUUCACUGUAUUCUCAAUAAAAAGGUUCGGAAGGAGUAUGGACGGUUCAUUGAUUAUCCGAGGAGGCCUGUUUCAAGCGGGACUCAUUCAUCUAAAGGUUCACACCACAGUGGAUCAGGGCCAAACACAUCUUCCUAUCACAUGAAUGGGACCAGAAAACACUCCGGCGGCUUUGUAAGUCUCGGCAAGGACAGACGUUCUUCUUCGAGAUCAACUACAUCCGCUUAAGUUUAUUUGUGCAAUAUAUGAGUUCCUAUAUUCUUUAUAUAUAGACAAUUUCACAGAAAGAGUUGCUUUUGCUUAGUACUGAAACGGACUAUAAGCUUAGUGUACUGAAAAUAGACUAUAAGCUUAGUACUGAAAACAAACUAUAAGCUGAAUAUUGAAAACAGACUAUAAGCUUAGUACUGAAAACAGACUAUAAUCUUAGAACUAAACCCAGACUCUCAUAAAGAAGUGAGUGUUGAAAAUGCACGUUAUGCUAGUAUGUAGAGUUAUUGAUAAUGUUCUCGAAUUACUAAGGUACAUGUAAUCAAAUUCGUGUGUGCGUAAAGACUUUGUCAUGUGAUAUGUGUGCUGGACUUCGAAGCAGGCGAUACUGUGUGGAAUUUUUGUGUCAGUUUUGGCUUUUGAUGUUGUUUGUGCCUUUGUUUUACAUACAGUUUUCGUUUAAGGAAACUUAAGUCAAGACAUAGUGAUAAUAGUGUGGUGACGAGAAACCAGAUAUUUGACAGUUAAGUUAGGGUGAAGUAUGUCUGAGCAUGUGAUUCCGCAUGACUAGUACCAAUUUUUAUCAUAAAAAGUGUUAUUUUCAAACGGCGAUAUAAUUUGAAACUUGACUUUCAAAGAAAUACGUUAUUGGCUAAAAUAAGGUCCGCAUAACUAUGAAGAAAGCCGCUAUCUACAUAAUUUUGAAGGAGCACACUUCUAGUGUACAUCAUAAUGUCAUUUUAAACAGAUGCGCAAAAAUUAAUGCUACAUGAUUCCUUUUAUUAAUCGCCGGUCAAUAGUUUGUGCUAUAUGACCCGUCUAUAUUCAACGCUGUUGCCCGCGGCUAAAGGAAACAAACAUUUGCAACACGGCCUGCUGUAAAACUCUAGCAAAUGAUUAUUUUGAGCUUUCUGUUUUGUUGGUGCUAUUCUGUUUGUAUUAUUAUGUAUUGUUUAGUGUUAAGAUUGACUUGCCACAUUGAAACUUUGUAUAAAUGUUUUUCUAAUCCAUGACGAAUCGUGCCAAAUACUAUUUGAUAUGUUUGACUUUACAUUAUUCGUAAGGUGGAUGUUUAUUUAAAACGCUGUUAGAAUAUACUGUAAAAUGGACCAGAUAAUGUCAUUGCUUUAUCAUAUUUCAGGGUCCACUUGUACGUUUAAAUUGUAACCUUUUGUCUCCAUUUUUUUUUAAAUUUCAAUGACUCGAAUCUCACUUGCAUGUACUUGUUCCAUUUUAGUUUACAUUUAUUUACAUAGUGUUCAUAAAGACCAAUCCGAUAAAAUAUUCUAUACAUAAGUGUUGCUUAAUCUUUGUCAUUUCAGAAAUUUAAUCUUUACCCUGCUAAUUUUUUUAAAUGGACUAGGCCAUCAUUCAAUUAGGGGAGUGCCAUUUAGUAUUCAAAGGGGUGUUCACUGAAAAUUUACUGACUUAAUAGCGAAUAGUGCAGACCAUGAUCAGUCCGACCUUGAACUGCACUGGUCGCAAAGGCAGAAUCACUUGCCGCCAGCAGGCUAAAGGUUAAAGGUGCUGAUACGUUCUGAAGUCAAAUACCUCCGAUUAUCUACAGCUAGUCAGGAUAAAUAUUAGAGCUUUAUGAUUUGUUAAAUACCUCAUUCAUUUUCGGCUUCAUCCUGCAUUUCGUCAUCAUCGUCUGUAAUUUAGCCGCACCAUGAGAAAACCAACACAGUGCAUUUGCGACCAGCAAUCAGGAUCCAUACUGUUCGCUAACGGUUUCUCUAAUUGCAAUAGGAUUUGAAAGCGAACAGCAUGGAUCCUGACCAGACGCGCAGGCUGGUCCGGAUCCAUGCUUGUCGCAAAUGCACUAUGUUGGUUUUCUCAUGGUGCGGCUCAAUUCAUUACAAUUUGUAGCUUAUCUGAUGUUUACAACUUCAUUAAAACAUUCGUCUGACGUUCGGAAUUCCUUUUGUAUCAUAAAGUUGGAACUGAAAAUACAAUCAAAAGUAGAAAACAAGACGUACUCGUAAAUCAUUCCUGUAUACAACAUUUUAAAAUCAGUUUCUAUUAUCGGCGAAGAGUAUAGCUUAACUGAAUGAACAAUCGCUUAUAUAUAAGAAAUGAUAUAACACGUUUAAGUUAAUAAUGUGUUUAAAGAAGUAUUCAUAACGCUUUAACUUGUCAUAGGAUUGUUUGCUUUAAAUUCAAUGUUUUUAUGUAACCGAAAGUCACUAAAUGUCAGUAUCGCAGUCAUUUUUUAAGAAAAACUAUUUUGUAAAAUAAAUUUAGAUUGCC